AUGAAAAAACCAACCCUAAACUCCUUGUUCCUUCGCUUAAAAGGUAGCCUUGAUUAUUGCUGACUUAAGCAUCGGAGUGUCUACCUCGAGAUCCAUCUCGGGGCUUUGCAGGUCAAUCCGGAGUGCAGAUCCGAAGUGAAGAAGGACGUCUGGUUUGGUGCAGUUACAUUUUGGCGCCGUCUGUGGGAAGCUGAACUAAAGGCUUCUUUGUUGCUCUUAUCAUGGUUAAAACUAGGUCAGCCCGAGGGGGAAACUCGUCUCAGCCUCUUGGACGAGGUCAGGUCCCCAGCAACCUUCCACCUCAUCCUCCACCCCCAAUCCCAAAUACAUUCCCUCCUGUUGAUCAUGCAGAAGGAGAAGACGAAAAUCAACCACACAAUUCGGUUAGCAACUUAGCCUCUACUGCUAACCAGGAUGUAGUUACAACUCAGCUCGCUGCCAUGCAGCAGCAGUUUGGUGUCUUUCAGCAAGUGCAGGCUCAGUUGUUAGCCCGGAACAAUCCUGGUGAUCCACUCAUUAAUCUACUUAAUCCUGCCCCACCACAACCCCCGGCCCCACCACAAAAUCCUGGACCAGUUCAAGGUACUCCCGCUGUUAGUGAAUCUCAGGGCCAAUCUCACAUCGCACCGGUUAUGCAACCCCCUCGUGAUGACAUCGCUCGGCGUUUAGAUAGCUUAGAAAAGCUAGUGGUCGAACAGCGAGGUAUUCCACAUCCACACCCUACAGCUGACUCCGUACCUCACCCUCUCAACACCAAUAUUAUACUGGAACCCUACCCUGCUGGCUUCCGAAUACCACAGCUUGAAACUUAUGAUGGGACGAAGGACCCUGAUGACCAUUUACAUGCUUUCUACUCUUGCAUGCAGGCCCAGAACGCCUCUGAUGCGUUAAUGUGCAAAAUCUUUCCCUCUACCCUCCGAGGUAAUGCUCGAACCUGGUACUACAGUCUACCUCUGAGGUCAAUCAACUCAUACACAGAACUGGCAUCUGCUUUUGCCACAAAGUUUUCCAGUAGAAGGUUGAUCAGGAAAACCACUUCCGAGCUGAUGCGGGUUAAGCAGAGGGACGAAGAGUCUUUGAAGAAUUUUAUGAGCAGAUUCAAUGAUGCAGUGCUAGAGGUUAACUCUUUCGACCAAGCAGUGGGCAUUACAGCUGUGAUCUCGGGUCUCAGCCAUGAAAGAUUCAGAGAAAGUCUGCUUAAACAUCCCGCCACCACCUUCAGUGAGGUAAAUGAUAGAUCGUUGAAAUUCAUAACUGCUGAGGAAUAUGCCCUGUCGCAGAACAUCACCCCUGUCAAGAAUCAACACCCGGACUGGAGAGAUGAGAAUCCGAACAGGAAACGGAUGAAGACAACACAGAACCGAGGUCCGAUGUCGACCUCGAGAUUCGGAAGGCCGAACUCAGCACCUCCGCAACAAUCUGCAGGUAAACCUCCAGUUAAUUGGACUCCUUUUAAUUUACCGAGGUCACAAAUCUUCAUGCAGAUUAAGAAUAAAAUGGACUUACGACGUCCGGGUCCAAUGAGAACUGCUGCUGCUACCAGAGACCAUACCCGGUAUUGUGACUUUCACCAAGAUCACGGUCAUACAACAGAGCAAUGCAAUAGUCUGAGGUCCGAACUGGAAAGCCUAGCGCAGAAAGGGAUGCUGAAUGAGUACAUCCAAAGAAUUGAACAGCCUCGAUUCAUCAGGGAACAAGGGACACAGCAUCAAGGAAUCCGCAACCCCCCAAACAGGCAAGGUGUGGGAUAUCAGCAGGCCCCACCACCACUCCCACCACCAACUAGAGUCAUACAUAUGAUUACGGGAGGUCUGGAAGCAGGUGGACUGAGCUCUAAGCAAAGAAAGUUGUACGUCAGAGAGGUUAAGCACCAGAACCGGAGUCAGAAGCGCAAAUUUGACGAUGCUGAGUGGAAGAAUCAACCCAUCACUUUCACAUCUGCUGAUCUCGAAACAGUUGUCACACCUCACAAUGAUCCUCUAGUUACUUCUGUCACGAUCAACAAUUGUGAAGUACAACGAGUCCUUGUUGACACCGGGAGUGCACCAGACAUCAUGUACUUCCAUUGUUUUGAGAGUCUUGGGAUAGAUCCGGCUCUGUUGCAGCGGUAUGAUGGUCCCAUCUACGGGUUCAACAACCAACCAGUCCCCGUUGAAGGAGUCUUCACCAUGAAUGUUGCAUUUGGGAGUGGCCGAAGUUAUGUGACCCCUACAGUGAGGUUUUUAGUGGUCAAGAUGGCGUCCUCUUUCAACGCUGUCAUUGGCCGACCUACACUAACUGAGAUCCGAGCCAUGGUUUCCCAGUCUCAUUUAUGCAUGAAGUUCCCAACUCCUACGGGAAUAGCAACACUGCGAGGCAACCAGGAGGUGGCCAAGCAUUGCUAUAUCACCUCGGUAACACAACCUCAAAAGGACAAGGCUCAGACACCCGAGAUUAAUCCCAAACAGAUACCUGAUGAUCGGCAAGUUAUGGGUGUUGAGAUAGUAGAUAACCGACCAGAAGAUGAAACCAGAGCUGCUCCGGUUGAAGAUGUGGAGGAGGUACAGAUUGAUGACAGAGAUCCGAGCAGGAAAACGCAAAUUGGGACUAAAUUGAACUCGGAAGAAAGAGCAGAGUUAAUAGCUUUUCUUCGGGCCAAUAACGAUGUUUUUGCAUGGACUUCAACAGAUAUGCCGGGAAUCCCCACUUCAGUUUUUCAACAUAAACUCAGCACCAAUCCCCUCAAAAAACCAGUAGCCCAGAAACGACGCCUUUUCGGGGGGGAGAGGUUAAAGGUUAUCAAAGAAGAAGUCGAGAAACUCCUACAAGCCCGCUUUGUCAGAAGGGUAGAUUAUUGUGAAUGGGUCGCCAAUCCGGUACUAGUGAAAAAAGCAAACGGUAAAUGGCGAAUGUGCAUUGAUUACACUAACCUCAAUGAUGCAUGUCCAAAGGAUUGUUAUCCAAUGCCAAACAUUGAUAAGCUGGUUGAGGCAGCUUCGGGGAAUGAGAGAUUAAGUCUCUUGGAUGCAUACUCAGGCUACCACCAGGUCCCAAUGGCUCCUGAGGAUGAAGGAAAAACCUCGUUCUAUGCUGGUGAUGAGAUCUACUACUAUGUAAUGAUACCCUUCGGCUUGAAGAAUGCAGGCGCCACUUACCAGAAGAUGGUUACCAUCGUAUUCCGAGCUCAAAUAAGACGGAAUCUGGAAGUUUAUGUUGAUGAUAUAGUGGUGAAGAAUUUGAAAGCUGACGAUCACUUAACCGAUCUUGUGGAGACAUUCAACAAUCUUAGACAGAAUAGAAUGAGGUUAAACCCAGCCAAAUGCAUCUUUGGUGUGGAAUCCGGAAAAUUCCUGGGUUUUAUGGUUUCCCGGAGAGGGAUCGAGGUCAACCCAGAGAAGAUCAGAGCAAUUGCCGAGAUGGAACCGCCGAACAAAAUUCCCCGAACUGAGAAUGAACAGGCGGAUUCACUCUCUAAAAUCGCCUCUGAUAGUUCUUCACAUUCCAGAUCAGUCUUUGUGGAGGUCUUAGAUGAACCAAGCUUCAUGAAGCCGCGAGUGAUGGAGAUCAGCACCAACCCAGGCACACCGAGCUGGACAGACCCAAUCCUUUCGUUCUUACGAGAUGGGAUAGUACCUGAGGACAGGCAGGAGGCAAUGAAGUUGAGGAGGAAAGCAUCCCGAUAUACACUUGUUGAUGGGGUUCUCUAUAAGCGAUCUUUCUCUCUACCUCUUCUACGGUGCUUAAAUCCCUAUGAAGCAGAAUAUGCACUCAGGGAGGAUGCCACUCUCUUUGUUCAGAGAUGUCUGAAAUGCCAGUUCUUUGCGCACUUGACUCACCAGCCUGCAGAAGAGCUCACUACUCUGCUAGCACCAUGGCCAUUUGCUCAGUGGGGGUUGGAUCUUCUGGGACCAUUUAUAAAAGGGGUUGGUGGUGUAACCCACUUAAUUGUUGGUGUAGAUUAUUUCACAAAGUGGGUUGAAGCUCGGCCGAUAUCCAGUCUUACUUCUAAGAAGGUUGAAGACUUUGUUUUCAGCUCCAUUAUCUGUAGAUAUGGGAUCCCGAAUCAGAUUGUGGCUGAUAAUGGAACUCAAUUUAACUGCACCUCUUUUCGAGAUUUCUGUUCCAGCUAUGGGAUUAAACUACAGUUCACCUCGGUUUACCAUCCAGAGUCCAAUGGCAUGGUCGAAUCUGUUAACAAAUGCAUCUUAGAAGGUAUAAAGCCGAGGCUGGAACAACACAAGGCCAAAUGGGCGGACGAGAUCAACAACGUCCUCUAGGCAUAUAGAACUACGAGUCGAACUGCCACAGGUGAAACACCCUAUCAUCUGGCCUUUGGAACCGAAGCAGUCAUUCCUGUCGAGAUAGGAGUUCCAAGCUUCAGAGUCACCCAUUUCGAUGAAGAACGGAAUGGACAACUGCUUCGGGAGAACCUUGAUCUGCUUGAUGACCUCAGAGAAGAAGCACGACUUCGGACUCUAGUCUACAAGC